AUUUGGUUGCUAAUGUAUUGCAGAACCCUUUAAUGUUAGCAGUGGUGGACCCACGUGUAGUCAUAGUGGGUCCUAGUACAAUCUAUUAUUUUAUUAAAAAAAAAAAAAAAAAAAAAUUUCACGAAUCACGCUGUACCUUUAUAUCUAUCUCUCGCUGUACUUCUUCCUCUCUCUCUCCUCCAUUUAAGCGUACUCAAAAUUCUCCAUUGAAGGGGCUUUUGAGCUUUCUCUCUUCCAUUGAAGCAGUCUCUAAGAUGCAAUUGAAGUUAUUUAGGGCGGAAAGUGGCACUACGACAGUGUGGAGUUGGGAUGAAAUGAACUACGAUGUAUUGUUAAAGAUAAUGAAGAGAGUGCCAUUGGGGGAUAGGCUUUGUGUAGCGUGUUUGGUGAGCAAGACAUGGUUGUCGGCAGUAUUAGAUUCAAUGUCACCCCCUGGUGUGAUCAAUCUCAAACGCUUGGAUUGCCCUAAGUUCCAACGAAUGAACAAUAGAUAUCUUGUUUUCUUGAAGCGUAGGCUGGAUACUAUGCCAGUUGACUCUUGCUCUGCAUUUUAUCAUGGCGAAACCUUUCUUCAAGAAUAUAAGUAUCGGUAUAUUGCUAAAAGGACACCUUCCAUGCAGAAGUUGAUAAUACCCCGGGCAGUGCGUACGAAUUUUACUUUUAUUUCGCCUGCUAUGAAAUACUGGAAGAAGCUGAAGAAAGUGCAGUGUCCUUCAGUAUUAAUAGCACAAUUCCGAAGAAACUUUACUAAGGUCGAAACUCUGCGGUUAUUUGGCGCUGUGGAUGAUGAUAUUGCAACAAUUAUACGUGACAGAUGUCCUCAACUCAAGCGAUUGAGGCUCGACUAUUGUGCUUUAUCGAUCAAUGCAUUGUCUAUUAUAUUGGAUGGCCACAAAGAUUUGGAGUUAUUGGAUACUCGCCAUAGUUUUCGUGUUCCUGACUGCAGGAUAUUGUUUAGCGAUCGGGUGUCGCCAUGUUUAGAGUGGAAUGAAGAGGAGAUUCGGUCUAAGGCUGCUGGUGUUAAGGUGCACCUGAAAUGCGCUCGAGACCGUUGUAGGAAGUGUGCUCCACGUAAGUGUAAUUUACGUGUCCGGAGCUGUUUUCCUGAUCUCAAGCCUUUUAAAUCUGAUUAUCGUGCUCGUCUUUAAUCUUAUUUACUCUUAUUUUUUUUUAUUUCAUGCUUAUAUAUUUUGGGGGAGGUUGCAAUUUUAGUUAACUAUCUUAGGAUAAUUUCGCAACGACUUCAAUCUUUUUGGAUGGACUUGCUGAUUUACAGUGUAAUCGUCUUCCAGCAACCUUUAAUUUAAAUCUGUUGCAGUUUUUGCUAUAUGGGAACAACUUAACAAGAUUGUAGCUGCUUUAAAUGCAUCCUUUACCCUGUUACGAAA